CGGGCGGGCGCCGAACGCGGCCCCGGCUCUCGCUGCAGCGCCGCCUCCUCUCCGCGUCGCAGGCCGGCCCCGCGGCCGUGACAAUGUUGCAGGGCUGGUAGCUGGGCGCCAGCCGCCGAGCCUUCUCAAGUUUAAACUUACGCGAAUCGCUCUCUUGAGGAGGAGGGGACCGCGGCGCGAUUGACACGCAUAUUCCUAUUGGCAUCCUCCCUCAGCCCCCACCCCCACGGCCGGAUUCGGGUGGCUCCUCUCUGAGCUGAAAUCCGAGAAGAAAUCCUUGGAUCUCUUGUUUUCUUAGGAAAAAAAAAAAAAAUCCAGAAACCUUCGGUAUUUUGCUUUACUGCUUCCUAUUCUCAAGAUGAAGAAGUUUUUCGACUCCCGGCGAGAGCAGGGCGGCUCUGGCCUGGGCUCUGGCUCCAGCGGAGGUGGGGGCAGCACCUCGGGCCUGGGCAGUGGCUACAUCGGAAGGGUCUUUGGCAUUGGGCGACAGCAGGUCACUGUGGACGAGGUGUUGGCGGAAGGUGGAUUUGCUAUCGUGUUUCUGGUGAGGACAAGCAAUGGAAUGAAAUGUGCCUUGAAACGCAUGUUUGUCAACAAUGAGCAUGAUCUCCAGGUGUGCAAGAGAGAAAUCCAGAUAAUGAGAGACCUGUCGGGGCACAAGAACAUUGUGGGCUACAUUGACUCCAGUAUCAACAACGUGAGCAGUGGUGAUGUAUGGGAAGUGCUCAUUCUGAUGGACUUCUGUAGGGGAGGCCAGGUGGUCAACUUAAUGAAUCAGCGCCUGCAGACAGGUUUUACAGAGAAUGAAGUACUCCAGAUAUUUUGUGACACCUGUGAAGCUGUUGCCCGCCUGCACCAGUGCAAAACUCCUAUUAUCCACCGUGACCUGAAGGUUGAAAAUAUCCUCUUGCAUGACCGAGGCCACUAUGUCCUGUGUGACUUUGGAAGCGCCACCAACAAAUUUCAGAAUCCACAAACUGAGGGAGUCAAUGCAGUAGAAGAUGAGAUUAAGAAAUACACAACGCUGUCCUAUCGAGCACCAGAAAUGGUCAACCUGUACAGUGGCAAAAUCAUCACUACGAAGGCAGACAUUUGGGCUCUUGGAUGUUUGUUGUAUAAAUUAUGCUACUUCACUUUGCCAUUUGGAGAGAGUCAGGUGGCAAUUUGUGACGGAAACUUCACAAUUCCUGAUAAUUCUCGAUAUUCCCAAGACAUGCACUGCCUAAUUAGGUAUAUGUUGGAACCAGACCCUGACAAAAGGCCAGAUAUUUACCAGGUGUCCUACUUCUCAUUCAAACUACUCAAGAAAGAAUGCCCAAUUCCUAAUGUACAGAACUCUCCCAUUCCAGCAAAGCUUCCUGAACCAGUGAAAGCCAGUGAGGCAGCUGCAAAAAAGACCCAGCCAAAGGCCAGACUGACAGAUCCCAUUCCCACAACAGAGACUUCAAUUGCACCACGUCAGAGGCCUAAGGCUGGGCAGACUCAGCCAAACCCAGGAAUCCUUCCCAUCCAGCCAGCUUUGACACCUCGAAAGAGGGCCACAGUUCAGCCCCUGCCCCAGGUUGCAGGAUCCAGCAAUCAGCCUGGCCUUUUAGCCAGUGUUCCCCAACCCAAAACCCAGCCCCAACCCAGCCAGCCUCUACCGCAGUCUCAGCCCAAGCAGCCACAGGCUCCACCCACCCCACAGCAGACGCCUCCCACUCCAGCCCAGGCUCUGCCCACUCCAGCCCAGGCCACCCCCCAGCACCAGCAGCAACUCUUCCUCAAGCAGCAACAGCAGCCACAGCCACAGCAGCAGCAGCCACCGCCAUCUUCCCAGCAGCCUGCAGGCACGUUUUACCAGCAGCAGCAGCAGCAGCAGGCUCAGCAGGCUCAACAGUUUCAGGCAGUACACCCAGCAGCCCAGCAACCAGCAAUUGCCCAGUUCCCUGUGGUGUCCCAAGGAGGCUCUCAACAGCAGCUGAUACAGAACUUCUACCAGCAACAACAGCAGCAGCAGCAGCAGCAGCAGCAGCAGCAGCUGGCCACGACCCUGCAUCAGCAGCAGCUGCUGACUCAGCAGGCCGCCUUGCAGCAGAAGAGUGCUGUGGCAGCAGCACAGCAGCCCCAGACACAGCCGGCCGCAGCCCCACAGCCACCACCGGCCCAGGAGCCAGCGCAGAUUCAAGCCCCAGUAAGACAACAGCCAAAGGUUCAAACAACCCCACCUCCUGCCGUCCAGGGACAGAAACUCGGAUCUCUCACUCCUCCAUCAUCCCCCAAGACCCAGCGUGCUGGGCACAGGCGGAUUCUCAGUGACGUAACCCAUAGUGCGGUCUUCGGGGUCCCUGCCAGCAAAUCAACCCAGCUGCUCCAGGCAGCUGCAGCUGAGGCCAGCCUCAAUAAGUCCAAGGGUGGGAACCUACCUAGGUCUGCAACCACCACUCCAUCAGGCUCUCCUCGGACCUCCCAGCAAAAUGUUUAUAAUGCUUCAGAAGGUUCUACGUGGAAUCCCUUCGAUGACGACAAUUUCUCCAAACUCACCGCUGAAGAACUACUGAACAAGGACUUUGCCAAGCUGGGGGAAGGCAAACAUCCUGAGAAGCUUGGAGGCUCAGCUGAGAGUUUGAUCCCAGGCUUUCAACCAACUCAAGGUGAUGCCUUUGCCACUCCCUCAUUUUCUGCCGGAACAGCUGAAAAAAGGAAGGGUGGGCAGACUGUGGACUCUAGCCUCCCACUUCUAAGUGUAUCUGAUCCUUUUAUCCCUCUUCAAGUACCUGAUGCACCAGAAAAACUAAUUGAGGGACUCAAAUCUCCUGACACUUCUCUCCUGCUCCCUGACCUCUUGCCUAUGACAGACCCUUUUGGUAGCACUUCCGAUGCUGUAAUUGAAAAAGCCGAUGUUGCUGUUGAGAGUCUCAUACCGGGACUGGAGCCCCCGGUACCCCAGCGCCUUCCAUCCCAGACGGAAUCUGUGACCUCGAACCGCACAGAUUCUCUCGCCGGGGAAGAUUCCCUGAUUGAUUGCUCCUUGCUUUCUAACCCUACUACUGACCUGCUGGAAGAGUUUGCCCCCAUAGCGAUAUCCGCUCCAGCCCAUAAAGCUGCAGAAGAUAGUAAUCUCAUCUCAGGUUUUGAUGUCCCUGAGGGCUCGGACAAGGUGGCAGAAGAUGAGUUUGACCCUAUUCCUGUAUUGAUAACCAAAAACCCACAAGGUGGGCACUCUAGAAACAGCAGUGGGAGCUCUGAGUCCAGUCUUCCCAACCUAGCCAGGUCUUUACUGCUGGUGGAUCAGCUCAUAGACCUGUAGCCGUGACCCAGUAGCAGAUGCAGUUCUGUAACCUUCAUACCGUAAUAUACAUUUUCAUUACGGAGUUAUAAGAAAAAUGAUUUUUUAAAAAAUCUGCUAAUAAGGGGCCCUCCAGCCCUUAUCUCCUACCCCUUGCCUUCUCCUGUAGAAAUGAUAAGGAAAGAAAAUCACUUUGGCCCUCCAGAUAUUCCUUGGCCAGUUCCUCCCUGUUAGUUUGCUGUGUUUUCUCAUUACCCCUCUUCAAUAGCAUUAUCUUAAAUCAAGCGCUAGAUGCCAUGAGCUUCACCUCUGCUGGAAUCAACUCCACCAAAAGCUUAACUGUAACUGAAACUAGUGAACUGACACCUUUGUCUCAUUCUUGCUAGGAAUGGCCUCCCACACCAGUCCUCCCAACCCCUGUCUCCUUUGGCCAGAUGCUGAUGAAUGUGUUUCUCUGUUUUUGCUUUUUACGCUGCUGCAUUAUCAUGAGGACAUGGCUUCUUCAGUUGGUCUUAACUCUAGGCAGUAGCCUGGAGAUGAGUGUGUGAUUUAAGAGAGGGUAAAACUGACUGACGGAUGGGAUAUGUUUGAAAAGAGAAAUUGAGCCCAGCUCUAGCCAACCAGCUUUGACCUUGUUUGAUCAUAGACUUAGCCAAGGGAUUUUACACCCCAUGCAACCUGCCCAGCAUUCAUCCAGCAUUCUGGCUUCCAUUGAACCGUGAUUUCUCAGAUCUGGAGACGUGACUGCAAGUACUUGAGAUCCUUGGAUAAAAUGUGUACAUUAUAUAAAACCCAAGUAUUGCCAUUCCUUUUCAUGUUAACUGUCCCAAGCCGGGAUCUCAGAAUUAGACCAAAACAAGACAAUGGUGGUAAUAUGAUACCUUUUAUUAGAAGACUUUUCACUGGGGGGUGGAUGGGGGAGGGGAAGGAAUUGUAGCAGAAACAGAUGUAUUUUUCUUGUGAUUUUUAUUUUGAAUCAAAUAUUGUAAAUUGUGUAUAAAUGAAGACGCUGAAUAGUUCUGUUUCCACUUGGCGUUUCAAGUCUGAUAUCAGGUGUCUGUACAGGGUUUUGACCUCUUUCCCUUGUAUAACUACACAGCAAUCCUACAGUGUAACAUAUGGAAUCAUUUUGAGUAGACUUGUGUGUUGCUUUAAGCUUUCAGCAGGUCCUCUGUCUUUGUAGAAUAAGCAUGUUGUUUAUUUUCAGAUAAUCAGAAAUAAGUGUGCCUACAAGCUGGGCACAAUUUGACUCUGGCUACUUACCUUUCUUUCUCUCUGAUGUUGGAACUGAAGGAUGCAGCCAAUGAAAUAUGUUCAGUUGGUUUUCCUUGGCUUCCUAGAUUAAAAAACAAAACAAAGCGUAGUUCCUCACUAACCUUAGAAUAUUGUUCAUAAAAUAAAUAAAGGACCCUGCACUGACAUGACAACAUGCCUCAUGGUCACCCUCUGUAUAUGUACUUACUCAUUGAAGUGUAUCUUUUUUUCCUUACAUAGAAAGCAAUUUUAUAAAAUUGCCCUUUUGAAAAAGAGGUGGGCACAGAGCAACCCACUGUGGUUCUCUUCCUCGAGUGCCGUUUUCCAUGAUCAGAAGGGAAACUCUUAGUUGAUCAGAUUUGUACAAAUAAAAUUCCAAGCCCA